CAUGUGAGCCGACGUAUCUCCACUCCGAUCCACUGUUAUUUAUGAUCGCUUGGCCUUGCACGCGCAUCAGUCUCCUCUCUGAAGCGUGCGUACGUGUAUCUAUAUAAGCAAGCGCUCGCGAGCAUCGCCUAGCUAUCUUAGCUUGCCCAGCCUCGCUGUCUGCUCUCUAGCUUCCCUCACGUACGGGUACGGCUCUACCAUAACGUGCGAGCUAGCUGUGGUGCGAGCCGGUUAAUGAGGAGGCCUGCUGGCGUGGGAGCUCGGUGGGCGCUGGCCCUUGCGCUGGCCAUGGCAUCGGCAUCGUGCUCGUGCGUGACCCAUGGUGCCAGAACCACACCAAGUUUAGGCGCCCGCGGCCUACGACCUGGCGGUGAGGCGACGCCGUCCGGAACCGCAUGCCGGGACGACGACGACGACGGAGGGCAGGCGGCACCACCGUCCCAUCAGGAGAAGCGGGGCCAGGCGACGGGGGAGAGGGAGGAGGAACAAGGGAUGACGACGCUCAAGGAGCGAGCGGUGACGGGGUCGCGGCUGCCGGACUGCGCGCACGCGUGCGGGGCGUGCGCCCCGUGCAAGCGGGUCAUGGUCAGCUUCCGGUGCGCCGAGGCCUCCGAGUCGUGCCCCAUCGCCUACCGCUGCAUGUGCCGCGGCAGGUUCUUCCGCGUCCCCACCCUCUAGCUCGCCGUGCUCUGCAACGUACCCCGGUCGCGCCACUACUUUUACCGUUUAGCUAGCCUUGUGAUUUUGCUCUUGUUUGGUGUUGGCGUGAUGCUUGUGGAUCGUAGGUUCCUCGAGUGUUGUAAGUAUGUAAAAGUUAAUGUGCCGCGAC